GCGCGGCCGUCGCUCCCGGCGCCUCAGGGCGGCGCCCCGCGCCCCAAUGGGCACGGCCUCCGCGCGGGCCGCGGGCUGGGCCGCGGGCGGGACCGCGAGCGGCGCGGGCCACCCGUCUUCGCGUGGGCGCCCGCCCGCGGUGGCGGUUGUGGGCGCCGGGUACCUCGGCGAGCGCAUCGUGGCGGAGCUGCUGAUGCUGGGCAGCUCCGUCCGCGUCUACGACCAGUGCCUGGCGUUGCUCGGGGAGGAGCAGGGGCAGAAGCAGCUCGACAGCAAGGUGCGGCACGUGCUCUCCGGCUGCGCGUCGUGCGUCCGGGACGCCCAGGACGGCGGACUCCUGCACCUCGCAGGCCUGCCGCCGCUGGGCCCGGCCGGCUGCGGGCUCCUCGCGCCCAGGAGCGCGGCGCCCGUCGACGCGCGCUGGUGCGCCAGCGUUGCCGAGGCGGCGGUCGGAGCUGACAUUGUGAUAGAGGCCGUGCCGGACCUCGUGGAUGUCAAGAGCGCGGUGUUCGCCGAGGCCCUGAGCUCCGCGCCCCAGGGCGUGCUGCUGGCCACGAGCACCCUGUCCAUCCCGCUCGCGGUGCUGCGGCGGCAGGUGGCGCAGAGGGUCGCCUCGGCGGUGUCGAGGCAGGGUUUGGGCCCCGCCGCCGCCCGCGUGGUCGGGCUGCGCUUUCUGGCCCCCGUGGUGUUCAUCCCGUUCGUCGAGGUGACGCUGACCGCCGCGCAGAUGGGGGGCGCGGAGCAGGCGCACCGCCGAGACCUGUUCGGCCACCUGUCCGCGUGGGGCAAGUCGGCGUUCUUCUGCUCGGUCCGGGGCGCGGCCGAAGAGGCCGAGGGCGCCGCGCGGGACGCGGCCCGGUUCCUGGCGAGCUCGCGGGUGCGCCUGGACGAGGAGACGAUCUCGAUGCGGCAGGUGGGCGAGGCCCGGCUGCGCCACGCGCGCCAGCUCGGACCGGAGCGGGUGGCCCAGCUCACGGCCCAGGAGCUAUACAACUUCUCCGAGCCCACCUGCUGCGCCUGCCUGUCGGCGCCGGCGUCCGUCAGCUCGCUGCUGUGCGGGCACCGCGUGCUCUGCGCCGGGUGC